UGCACCCACCCCCGCCUUCUCUACCAGCGUUAUUCACUCUCUGUUUACUUGGUAUUAUUGUGUUCUGACAGCCUCCCCUGAUUGAGUAUGAGGGGUGAAAGGUUAUGUGUUCUCACCAAUGAGCUUUUAUUAACUUUGCGUUACACACAGACCACAGUUUUUAUUAUUAUGAGGGCUCCUCAAGAAGGUCAGGCUCUUUUUAAUUUGAUUUUGUAUACAGUGCCAGAUCACAAAAGUACACAACAAAGUAAUUUAAAUAUACAUUUCAUGUGGAAUAGGAGGUCCACACCUUAUGCUUUUAUUAAACAAACUAAAUAGCCUUCUCUUAUUUACGCAACUACAUGUCAUUUCUGUCUCCACAUGAUCGCGCAUUUACAAUUUCCCCUCUGUGAUUGUGCACCGAAUAGCAAUUGCAUUGAUUUAAAUGACAAAUCUUUAUAUCGACUUUGUGAAUUAGUUUGGACUCUUUGUAUUGCUUUCUAUUCUAUUUGCUUUCUAUUCUAUUCUAUUCUAUUCUAUUCUAUUCUAUUCUAUUCUAUUGACCACUCAAAAGAAAGUCAAUUAAUUAAUGCGAUCACACCACCCACAAGCUAAGGAAUGUUUGAUGCCGAUGGUGGCAUUGGCUAUCAAUGGGGAGAACCAGGGAAGGUGAGACGGCUCAUCAUGGCCAGCAAGCCUUGCUGGGGGACAGGGAGAGUGAGGAGGAAGCGUCAGCCUUGGGAUAAGAAAUGGUAUACUUUCAUUAAAGAUACAAGAUUAAUCAUUAAUAUUCACAACACACACGGCUGCACCGUGGCUGAGUGGUUAGCACACAGGCCACACAGCCAGGAGAUCGGGAAGAUCUGUGUCGAAUCUCGGCUGUGGAGUUUGCAUGUUCUCCCCGUGCAUGUUCACCCCGUGCGUGCGUGGGUUUUCUCCGGGUACUCCCACAUUCCAAAAACAUGCGUGUUAGGUUAAUUGGCGACUAGAAAUUGUCCAUAGGUAUGAAUGUGAGUGUGAAUGGUUGUUUGUCUAUAUGUGCCCUGCGAUUGGCUGGCGACCAGUCCAGGGUGUACCCUGCCUCUCGCUCAGCUGGGAUAGGCUCCAGCAUACCCCCGCGACCCUAAUUAGGAUAAGCGGCAUACAAAAUGGACGGAUGGAUUUACAACACACUUCAGACAAUAUGCACGAUGUGCGGCACUAUGACAGUGUUUAAACUGUGCCAUUUUAGUUUAUAACUUUUUAGAGGACAGGUAAUGGCUAUAAAACACAUAAUACAGUCAAAAGCAAGGACGCUUGUUUUAGUUGUGCUCUAGUUUUUGCUCAUUUACAGGGCUACGUUGAGGUUACACAAUCCGUCCGUCAUGCUAACAGUAGUCCUUUUUUUGCAUUUUCUUGAGAGAUGUAUUACAUUUGAUACAACUAGUGUCUAAUACAAAGCUUUAUUAUUAUAAUUAAGAAAAAAUAGACAUCGUCAUAAAGCUUCAGAAAACCCCACGUUACCAUAAUCACAAGAAGUUGACUUUGUUUAAAAAACGUGCUGUUUCAGUGUGUUGCUUUAGCAAACCACACAAGGCCCUCUGUACAUAAACGCUUAGUGACCUGAAUUUCAAGCGUCCUGUGUAUCCAAAUUUACUGGCGUGAUUUCUCCCUUCAGAAUGCACUCUUCUGCAUCAGUUCACUGUAACGCUCCAAACAGCUGCGGGCACUGUCUGAAUGUCAGCUGGAUGGCCUGUGUUCAUGUUAAUGAGGUGAUAUGUAUGACCCAGAUUUUCUCAUAGUUUAGUGAGCAUGGUCCAAGUCCAAAUCCACACUUUUGUUUGUUUGUUUUCUGUGCUUGACAUCUCGUAAACAGCACGGCUCAUUACUUAAGACUGUGUAGCUUAAGUUUGAUUUCAUUGUUUAUUUUCUGUCUCUGAAGUUACUGUAUGUUAUGCUUCUAAAAUCUGUAACUUAAGAUUCUAUGAGACGACAGGCAUAGGAUGAUAUAUUUUAAAUAGGGGUGUCACGGUACACGCAGCUCACGAUACAAGACGAUACAAGAUAUUGGUAAUGGUAAUCUUCAUGCACACAAAUUACACAGGAGCUCAUCGCAUAACACAAUUCACAAUUCUGCUUGUCCAAGAAGGAGUAGGAAGAAGCAAACCUUAUUUAAUCCUACCCCUCAUCAGUUUCACAUUACUUGCAAUACAUUUGUUCAACGUACAACUGACUUUAUCAUGGUAAGAAACUGAUAAUAGCUGAUGAAAUAGUUGACCCAGUUUGUUGGUGAAUGAGUACAGACAAUGUACCCACUGAAAAUGAAGAGUUUGUAGCCAAUGUAAGACAUAGCAUUGUAUGUGCACAGUGGUUCAGGUGGUUUCUUCCUUUUACUUUAUAAACAUCAACUGCUUGUACUGUUUCUGGAAAUCGCUCAUUUUAGUGCAUUGUUUGAGUUCCUUACUUAAUCCCUUCCGCAACUUGAUUCCACACACAGAAAUGCUGAAGGUUUUUAGUGUAGUCUGUACAUAUACAUGUAGGUUUACUUUGUCCCUAAGAUCAUAUUUCUUCUCAUUUGUUGAGAAUAAUUUUUUUAAUGUUUUUGGGUAACAUGUGAUUGUUUGCUUAAUGCAUAAUUUUAGCUGUUUGAUAGUUUACCAGCUAAAAAGAAAGGAAAGGUGUACAAAACUGUGGUGAGACCAGCGAUGUUGUUUGGUCUAGAGACAGUGUCAAUGAGGAAAAGACAGGAGACAGAGCUGGAGGUAGCAGUGAUGGAGAUACUAAGGUUCUCUCUGGGAGUGACCAGGAAGGAUAGGAUCAGGAAUGAGUACAUCAGAGGGACAGCACAUGUUAGAGCUUUUGGGGAUAAAGUCAGAGAGGCCAGACUGAGAUGGUUUGGACAUGUCCAGAAGAGAGAUAGGGAAUAUAUAGGUAGAAGGAUUCUGAGUUUGGAACUGCCAGGCAGGAGGCCUAGAGGAAGACCAAAGAGGAAGUUUAUGGAUGUAGUGAAAGAGGACAUGAAGGUAGUUGGAGUGAGAGAAGAGGAUGCAGAAGACAGGGUUAGGGGAGGCAAUUGAUUCGCUGUGGCGACCCCUGAAGGGAAAGGAAAAGAAGAACAACAACAUAGACAACAUCAUCGCUCACAAGCCAGGGAAGAAGUAACUAUUUAUUUAGCAAGCAGAUUAAUGACGCACAACAACCUUACCAGUGCCAUAGAAAUCGUAGGGGGGGUUAUCAUUCCACAUACCAUUCUUACUCACUGUAUUUAUAAAGAAAGAUAUUAAAAAAAACACACAGCAAUGUAAUAGGUAGAUAACAACAGACAAGACACUACCAAUGAAUAAUGCUGAAUAAUCAACAGCUAUGUAAGCCCUAAAAAUGUAACUUAGCAGCCAUUUACAACAACAAUACAGCAAAGCACACUGGGAAACAAGAAGUACUGUUUUCAAAACCAUACACUUAGACGCAGCAUCUAGCGCUGAGCCUUACGUCAACGUUGCUGCCAUAUUGGAUGUGGCAAGGCUGCGCUAUAAGUGAAUCAGAAACUGGAAUAUUGACCUUAACCCGAAUAUUGACUGCAUGUGAACGUAGUCAUUGUUCUGCUGCAGAACCCAAGUUGGUUUCGGCUUGAGGUCACUAGCAGAUGGCUGGACAUUCUUGUUGAGGAUUUUUUUGGUAGACAGCAGAAUUCAUGGUUCCAUUUAUCACAGCAACUCUUCCAGGUUCUCAAGCAGCAAAACAGCCUCAGAUCAUCACACUACCACCACCAUAUUUUAUUGCUGGUAUGAUUUUCUGAAGUGAGCCGUUACUUUUACACCAGAUGUAAUGGGAGAGACACCUUCCAAAAAGUUCAGCUUUUGUCUCGUCAGACCACAGAGUUUUCCCAAAGACCUUGUGGAUCAUCAUGAUAUUUUCUGGCAAAAUUGAGACAAGCCUUAAUGUUCUUUUUGUGCAGCAGUGGUUUUCGUCUUGGAACUCUUCCUUGCAGGCCGUUUUUGCCCAGUGUCUUUCUUCUGGUGGAGUGAUGAACACUGACCUUAACCGAGGCAAGUGAGGCCUGCAGUUCUUUGGAUGUUGUUGUGGGGUCUUUUAUAAGCUAUUGGAUGAGUCGUCGCUUGGGGCCUCUCUUGGGGUCAUUUUGGUUGGCCAGCCACUCCUAGGAAGCUUCACUACUGUUCCACGUGUUCGCCAUUUGUGGAUAAUGGCUCCCACUGUGGUUUACUAGAGUCCCAGAGCUUUAGAAAGGGCCUUUUCCAGACUGAUAGAUCUCAAUUAUCUCAGUUAUGUUUUAAAAGGAGGGGCAAUCAUUUUUUCACACAGGGCCAUGUAGGUUUGGAUUUUUUUUCUCCCUUAAUAAUAAAAAGUUUAAUUUAAAAACUGCAUUUUGUGUUCAGUUGUGUUGUCCUUGACUAAUAUUUAAAUUUGUUUGAUUAUCUGAAACAUUUAAGUGUGACAAACAUACAAAACCAUAAGAACUCAGGAAUGAGACACACAACACUUUUUCACAUCACUUCCUCAUUUCUUAUUUGUUGGUUUUCAUAGCAAGUGGAUGAGGGCCUGGGUCAUGUUUAGGCACAUAGGUUAUGGACACUUCCAAAUCAAUAAACACUUUUUGGAACACAUAAUAUAUUAAAUUUUGUUAUCUUAGAUAAGUCAUAAGAAAAGUUAAUCUUGUUGAAAAAGUUCUGUUACAAGAGAAGAUCAUUUUUUGUAUACUGAAUAUAUUGCAUGUUUUUUGUUAAUAGGAUAUUUGAUGUUUAUUUACUUGUAUUCUCUGUUGCAUUAACAAGCAAUUGAAGCUACGUUAAGGAUUUUUUUUCUGCCCCAUAUUUGUAUUUGUGUUUUUUUAUGCUUUAUGUUUUGUAGAAUAUUUGCAGAACAUAAUCCAUAGUGAACGUAUGAAUGUCUUCCAACAUUUCAGUACACUGUUAAUUUUUCAGUAAUAAUUAGUUUAGCUUUUUUCUCUAGCUUGCAAACACAUUCUCUAUUAUAAUCAAUUCAGUUACAUUUGAUUAGGUUUGACUAAUGAAACAUGCUAGUGUCUUAAAAGGACUUCUAAAUACAGACAUGCUUAAUGUUGUUUUUUGUAAUUAAAGCAUCAAUUUCAAUGUUUUAUUACAAAAUGCACCAAAUAGUUACAUUUUGUUCCCCAAAAAAGUGUAGGAGCCGCAUUCAGUAAUAACUUUUGCAAUAUGUAACAAGUUACUACAAAAUGCAACAAGAUUUAUUACAAAAUGCGUUCAAGAAUUUUAUUACAAAAUGCGAUAUUAUUCCAUAAUGAUGUAAAAAUGUAUUACAUAUUGCAUCAUUAUUACAUAAUGUGGCUGUACACACCCCUAAUAGUCGGUGUACAGCUUAAAUGGAAGUACAGUCAAACCUGUCUAUAUCGACCACUAAAGGGAAACGGCAAAAGUGGCCGCUAUAGGCAGGUGGCCAUUAUAGACAGGUUGGCGGCCAUUUUGAAUUUGUGCAUGCACAUAUUAACAUGUCUGUGAUUAGAAGGUUGUUGUGUUUGCAGAUACAUAUAAUUAUACUGUUACAUGUUGACCAGUAGAGGGCACUGUGGGACUGCGGAUAAAAGUUGUAAAGAACUACUAGGUUAAUAAACCGCUGUUAAUAAAGCGAUUAAAGUGCAUCGGCGACGUGAGUCUCUCCUUCCCCACAACAAGGGGCUUUACAGUAUCGACCAGUGCACAUUGUCUCACACCAGGAAAUAAACGAUGCCACUGUCUGCAACAAGCUCCAAAGAAGGCGGCUUUUUUUUUUAAUGUCGAACAACUGACAGUUUGUGUGGAUCUUGUGAAUGAUUGUGACUGAGCUACGACUCAGUAAUUAAAGUCUACACACGACGGCUUCAUUGAUUAAAAAACUAAACUUUUUCGUGCAUAAAGCUUCUGCUUGAGUCGGCAUUUUAGCUGCUAUAUUAGGUCAAAUGUUGACCAAGGGAUACAAAAUGGGUGGCCGCUGGCCUUGUUAGACAGGUGACCGCUAUACACAGGGUCUAUAACACGCAAAUUUUAUGCGGGGGAUUUUUCGGUGGCCGUUCUAUACAGGUGGCCGCUAAGACCGGUUUGACUGUAUAGAUUUACUAUUCUCUGAAAAUAAGUCAACACACAGCCAUAUACUGUAUCUAGCACUGCCAUAAUCCUCUUGGACAUGGAACCACCUCCAAGACUUUAUAGAUAUAAAUCAAACAUAUCAGUCAAAUAAAAAAUUAAUUCAGUUAUUUAAGCCAGGAACUUGGCUUCUUUUAUCCAUUCCUUCAACAGACAUCUAAGCAAGCAAUAGAACUGGAGUGUGUACGAGGGCAUCACAUGAAAGUCACUUCUUUUCUCAUUAGAUUGAUGAAAGAGAGAAGUUUUGCAUAGUGUGGUUCUUUUUCGCCAAAUCAGAUUGUCUUUUAUUCCCCCUGCAGCAAUUCAGAAUGGUACAAUCAUGGGACCCCUUGGUAUUUUCAUACAAUGGCUCAUUUAGUUUGGUGCUUUAUAUGAGUGGAUCUCCUUGUUAUAUCGCCAUUCAGUAACAUGAGUACACUGGACAUGGAGAACAGUUUCACAUAAAAGCACAUUUGUAUGAUAACUUAAUUGUCUGUACUAGAUCAAUUUGUGGUUCACAGAAAACCAUGUAAUAUUUAUUUGAGGCCUGAGGCAGCAACAGUUCACAAUGAAAAGCUGUUAAAAUACACUCUCCUAUGUUGUGCAUUGUGUUUGUAUGCAGUGCAGUGUUGUGAAGCGUACAAUGACCUGUACAUUGGAGAGAGUAAGUAACCCUUAUAGAAACGCAUCGCGCAACAUAGGAGAGCAAUUUUUUCGGGCCCGGUGUUAGCAGUUCAUUUGUAUCUCAAAAAGAAACUUUGAGUACAAUUAUGUCCAACGUUUGGAUAGGGAGGGCCACUGGUUUGAAAGAGGCCAUCUAUGUCAACUUAGAAAGGCCCUCUCUAAACAGAGGAGGUUUGCGCCAUCACCCAUUGUCUGCUUACAACAGUAGUGCCCAUUACGUUAAUCGCGAGCUACCGGUAGAUCGCAAAGGUACAGUAGUUUGGGUUGAUCGCAUAAACGUCACCUUGUAGAUGUCCUAUGACAUCUGUCAGCUGACAUUUAAAGGGAUAGUUAGGAUUUUUUGACAUUAGCAGUGUGCUACAGCAACAGUGAAUUAACCCCCCCCCCCAAAUUACUUUGUAAUUAUAUAAACUACUUUAAUUACCUGUAAAGGAGUUUAAAAGUUUUAGAUUUUAAAUAUAUGUUUUCUUGUAAGCGAUAGAUCAUGUCGACUUGUCAACAUGCUGAAAAAGUGCAUGCACCCCGAUAUACAUGUUCAAUGUACAUAAAACUCCUAUUUAUAAAGACAGUAAAUAUAUAUUUUCUAUAUUUAUAGUAGAAGGACUUGAUCAUUUUAAAAGUAGCUCACAGGAUGAAAAAGUGUGAGCACCCCGGCUUACUUACAACAAUGUCAUUGACAAUGACAUCUCUCCCCUAAAGGUUGUCUCAUUUCAUGGGAAGAGUGGCCACUUACGAGCUGUUUUCCCACCAGGCAGGCGAACGACCUAUUAGCAGGACGGUCGUUCACCAGCCAUGGCGGGAAACAACAACCACGCCUCUACAGGACGGUCCAUAAGAGGUUUGACAGAAACAAGCCAGUCCCAUUCUAGUUGACUCUUUUCGUUGUAGUUAGUGCACUUAAUGGCUCACUGUAUCACACACAACAUUGCAGUGUGUGUGUGUCUUUUGUGUACAUGCAUGCUGACAGUGCUCACGGCAACAUAUGUGUGUGCCAUAUGUUUAUGAGAUGGUCGCUAUGCAGUCGGCUAAUCGGCUCUCCAACGCACAAACAACUCGCACGCAGUUUCUGGGAACUUAUCAGGUCAUCUUGCCGGUUAAUCCUUCUCUUGCAUAUCAAGCUGCACACCUCCACCUGGCCUCCACACUGCUGUUCCGCCCACAGUCACGGUUACAACACAUCCAGCUGCAGUCCUUUUUUUCGUGUGUCAGACAAUAUUAGCUGAAGCUUGUUCCUAAGACAUCACUGUUUGAUCAUUGUUUAUGUUGCUUAACUUACUGUUUCUUGAAAAGCUUUAGCAAAGAUGGGCGCUAAUGCUGCACUCCAGAAAUGUGGUAAGAUGUCAAUUUUAACAUGUUAGAGUUAACAUGGGACAAUUUGAUUAUUCCCAACUUCACAUCAUGCAACAAUGGUGGUACCCAUUGUGAAUAUAAUGUCCUUUCAAAUAUCAUAUAAACUAUAUUUAUUGGUAUUUAUUGUAUAUAAAAUACUUACAUUUCUUUCAUAUUUGGAUUUUUUUUUUUGCAAUAAGAACUAAUGUAAACCAAAUGAAUACAUUUCAGCCGUAAAUUUUCAACAUUUUAAGUAGCGUACUGGGAACCAUUUACGUAACAUUUAAGCAUAAUAAAUUGUCAUAUAAAUGCAUGAAUAAGUUGUGUAAGUAAUUGUUGUUCAUUUUAAAACUGAAAAACAGUCAAACGUGUGGCCAAGUAAGUAUUUUCGGCGGCAAGUUCCCUUUUCAACCCUAUUGGCAUUACAAUUUUCCACUAUACUGGCAUGAAUACCCUUAUGAAAAAAUUUAUGCUAAAGGGCCAAACAACACUUGCCUCAUUUUUGUUUGUAUUGUGGAUUUCUGUCGAAAUUUUAGGUCCACUGUAAGAUAAUCACAUGUAUAUCUUGAAAUAUUGAACAUCUACAAUGAAAUGCCAAAAUUGUUUGGCUAAUAUGGUCACCAUGUUUGUUUUAUGAUGAUUGUUAAUUGUUAACGAUAUUAUAGUAGAUCACUUUCAGUGGCAAGAUAAAGAAAAGAGUUGGCUCAACAUAAUAAACUCUAAUUUAAACAAUGUAAGUAUAUCUUUGCUUAUUGUAUUGUUUAUUGUAUGUCAGUCACUUUUUUUCACCAUAUUAUUGUUGUGCGUGCUCCUCUUAAGCUCUCGCUUCAUCGAGUAAAGCUAACCUGUGGCUGCCUUGUUGACAAGGACAGUUGUAGCUCUACUGCUCUUAUCCCGUCUGGUCACAAAGGUGACAUUUGCUGUUUCGGGAUUAGAAAUGUUUAUCCCUGGAAAGAACUGUUGUCUUUCUCAGAAUGGUUGCUGCUAGAGUAGGUCAAAUGUUAUGAAAUAAACUAUUGCUGGUCAAAUCAGGCCAAUGGCAAUGUACUGUAUGUGCUUUAAUAGCGGUUUACAAAGGUAUAUGUACUGUACUAUGAAUGAGGUGUUGUUAUGAAGCCUUUCUGUGGCUCAAUAAAAUAAAAUUAUGAAUAAUAUACAGUUGAUUCUUUGAAAAGCAUAUACUAUUUUAAUGAUCGACUGGAUAUGAAGCCACAUUCUUAUACUGCUUUUCCACUGCAGAGUUCCAGGUCAGCUCAUGUUCCCAUUUCAAAGUAUGCAUGUGUAGAUUCUCAGUCGUCCAAGUCAUGGUAAUCUGCAGUUGCCGACUUGUUGCCACCAGCCGGGUAAACGAACAAUCGUUAUGCAAGAGAGUCGUUCACGGGCCACAACAAGAACCCGUAGUGACCAUUUCCAAGGGACACACCCACCAGAGACAUGUAAAGAGGGGAACUCCACACCUAAAAUUUGUCUUUUGGAUUAAUGGCGAAAUGUCUUCAACAACAAGAGUCUCGUUGCCUCGAUUCAGCCUUCUGCGGAUCACUUCAGAGUAGUACUAUCGGAAGCCAUAAAAAACACGAUGGAUGUAUUUACUUCUUGGCAUGUACUUGACACAUUUUAUUUGAGAGGAGACUGAGGGCAGCACUGGGCCGCUACAGCAAAGUGGAGACUGUGGAGUGAUUUUUUUAAUCAAAAUUCACAAUGUUGAAUCUUCUUUACUGCCAGUUUAUGUGGCUAACAUGAUACUGACUCGACAUGCGUUAUAGUCAGGCUAACCAAGUACUACAAAUAAUACUCUGUAAUACAGUCAUCCUUCGUUUAUUGCAGUUAAUUGGGUCCAGAAUUUCCAUGAAGUAGGAAUAGACAACGCGGACAGGCCAACCUGAACACAUCUAGCUAGAUGAAACGAAUGAGAGGUGAAAAGUUAACACAAAAAUGAGAUCAGUACAGAGCAAAUGUUCAUACAAUUGAAAUAUUUCUUUUACCAAUACAAUUGAAACAGCAAAAUUUGAAACGCAAUGUGGCAAGGGACAAUUGUUUCUGCUUUUGCCAAUGGAAAUGUGUCAGUAGUUGGUAGAGCCAUGUCAAGCGGGGUGGGAACGUAAAGUGUAACCAGGGUCACAGUGAGGGAGUCCCAACUAGAAUGACCAGAUACAUUUGACCUGUGAUGCCUGGCAUGAACUCGUACCCACUUAAGAGUGUAAGACUGCGCCAACGCAUCACUCCAAGCUGGCCUGCUCUCUUAAAUCUCUGCUUUCAAGGAUUAGCCUCCAAGCAUCUGUUUUCAGAUGCACACACUAUUCCCAGCACACAACUCUUUCCAAGCUCAAUCGUACAAAGAGAUUUAGUGGUCGUUUACUCUGACAGACAAGUGGACUGCCGUCUUAAGUAGUGGAUUCAUUCCAGUUGUACAUAGAGACAAGAAAUGAAAUGAGCACAUUCUAGCAUUAAGUGUUUAUGCAACACCUUCUGAGUGAGAGAAGAGCAGCACAGCACUAACUGGACUCUACUUAGGACCGCACUGGAUUUCAAAUGACUCAGAGAUGUCAUCUGGCUGAAAUGAAAGUCAGCAUUUGAUCUUGUCAAGAAAAUAUGGGAAUAGGCAGUUCCUUUGCGCCAAGAUCUGAUCAAAUCUUUACCAUAAGAGUAAGCUUGGCACCGAGGCAGAACCUUCCGCGCAUCAUUCUCAAAGGAAUCUUCCAGGGGGUUAAGGUGGUUCGUGGACCUGACUGGGACUGGGGCAACCAAGACGGCGGGGAGGGUAAGGUUGGGAAGGUAGUGGAUAUUCGUGGCUGGGAUACAGAAUCUGGUCGCAGUGUGGCGAGUGUGACUUGGACAAAUGGCACUACCAAUGUCUACCGAAUGGGGCAUAAAGGCAAAGUUGACCUCAAAUAUGUGUCAGACGGCCAAGGAGGCUUCUACUACAAAGACCACUUGCCAAAGCUCGGAGAGCAUGCAGAGCUGCAGCGCCAGGAGAGUGCUGACGGCCACUCCUUCCAGCAGGGUGACAAGGUCAAAUGUCUGUUGGAGGUGGACAUUCUGCGACAAAUGCAGGACGGCCACGGGGGGUGGAAUCCCAAAAUGGCAGAGUACAUCUGCCGGGUCGGGUCAGUGCAUAGAAUCACCGACCGGGGGGACGUCAGAGUCCAGUACAGCAAUAACAUCCGCUGGACUUUUCAUCCUGGGGCCCUUACCAAGGUGAACACGUUUGGAGUUGGCGAACUUGUGCGAGUGUUGGAGGACAUAGAUAGUGUCAAGCGGCUACAGGCCGGCCACGGAGAAUGGACAGACAGCAUGGCUCCUGUGCUUGGCCAGGUUGGCAAGGUGUUGAAAGUGUACGCGGACGGUGACCUACGCGUGGCGUUCGGAGGCCAGACGUGGACGUUCAACCCAGCAUGCCUCUCUGCACAGCCUGUGGAAAUGGACGCUAACCUCAUGACGGCCGAGAAUCCCAGCGAAUCUGGAAGUACAGUCAUUUCUGUGCUGGAGAAACUGCUGUCUCAGUCCACAGAGCAGGACAAUCCGAGCCGGCUGGUCAUUGAGGCAGCACACGGCAGUGCCAAUAAAGUGCGAGAGUUGCUGCAAAAGUAUCCUGACAAGGUGGAUAUCAAGAACCAGGGUAAGACUGCAUUGCAAGUGGCUGCACACCAAGGCCACAUGGAGGUGGUGAAGGCCCUGCUCCAGGCCAAUGGCUCCAUUGAAGUCAAGGAUGAAGAUGGAGACACGGCAUUGCACUACACGGCCUUUGGUAAUCAGGCAGAGAUUGCGCGGAUGUUGUUGAACAAGGGAGCAAACGUUAAUCUCUUGAACAACUCCAUGUGCACGGCACUCCACAUCGCUGUCAACAAGGGCUUCACCGAUGUUGUGCGGGUGCUCACCGAACAUUCAGCCGAUGUCAAUCUCCAGGAUUCUUAUGGAGACACACCAUUGCACGAUGCCAUUGCUAAAGAUUUCCGCAAUAUCAUCGAGAUCCUGGUCGUGGUGCCCAACAUUGACUUCACUCAGCAGAACCACAGAGGAUUCAACCUCUUGCACCAUGCUGCGCUCAAAGGAAACAAACUGGCCACAGAGAAGAUUCUAGGCCGAGCACGACAGCUGGUGGAUGUUAAGAAGGAGGACGGCUUCUCUGCCCUGCAUCUGGCGUCCCUCAAUAAUCACCAUGACGUUGCCGAGAUCCUCAUUAAAGAAGGCCGCUGCGACAUCAACAUCCGCAACAACCGCAACCAGACGGCGCUGCAGCUGGCGGUGACGCAGGGCCACACCAACUUGGUCCAGCGGCUGGUGGCCGAGGGUGCUGACGUGAACAUGGAGGACGAGGACGGCGAUACCGCCAUGCAUGUGGCUCUGCUGCGGCCACAGCUGGCCAACGUAAUGCUGAGCCCCGCUGUGGGAAACAGCAGUAGCAGCACAGAGGAGAGCGUCGAGGGAUGUGCCUCCACGUCACUCUACUGCAGGCUCAAUGCUUCGGGUCUUCUCGGGAAUACUGAGCUGAGCGUUGGAGCGGCCAUUGCUUGUUUCCUAGCGCAAGAAGGGGCUGACAUCAGCUAUGCCAACCACAAAGGCAAGAGCCCCCUGGACCUGGUGGCAGACAGUGCCAUGCUGCAGCUCAUCAAGAGCUUCUCGGAGAAGCACAGAUUGCAGCGCCUGCAGGCUAUAACGUGCGGCCAGGGACCGAGCACCGCUAACCUGCGGCGCGUUCACACGACCCCCAACACGAUGACCAAUCUGGUUUUUCCUACUCCACCGGGGCCCAGUGAAUGCCUCAUCUGUUCCGAACUGGCUCUGCUUGUUCUCUUCUACCCUUGCCAGCACAGUGUGGCAUGUGAAGAGUGUGCCCAUCGAAUGAAGAAAUGCAUUAAAUGCCAAGUAACAAUCACCAAGAAAAUUCGACAAGACCAGACCGAGGUGGACUGCAGCCCCGGCACGGAGAACUCGGAGCAGCACAACCUGCUGGAGCAGCUGCAGUCGCGCUACCGGCAGAUGGAGGAGCGCAUCACCUGCCCCAUCUGCAUCGACAACCACAUCAAGCUGGUCUUCCAGUGCGGACACGCCUCCUGCAUCGAUUGCAGCGCCGCACUCAAGACCUGCCCCAUUUGCCGGCAGACCAUCCGCGAACGGAUCCAGUUGUUUGUCUGAACACCCUGUGAGGGCAGGGUGGCAUCCAAAGAGCAAGCAAGGGGACAUGGGGAGGGCAAUGAAAUGAUGAAAUGACCUACUGAUGAUCCUGUUCAUCCCCCUCAGCCUCCCAUGAGCUUAUUCUUUGACGCUGUCCACCCCUUUCAACUUGACAAUCUGUUGCUGCUUUUACAUGGAUGUCUGUUACCCAUCAUCCUCUCUUCUGGCUGGCUGGGCCUCUUCUGUUUACACGGCUGCACAGAAUGAGCCACCCGCCUCCCACAGCCUGUCGCGUGAAUUUGGUCUGCUCUCAUUUGGAUAUUGUAAUAAUCAGUAUUAGUCUCUGCAGAGGGCGCUUUACGUAUAUAGUCCCCAACCACUUGCUGCUUGUAUGCGAGGGGGAAGUACACACUAUACUGUAUAUGCAUGAGUAUAUGCAUAUUGUAAAGCUAUAAUGAGUCAUUUGUCAUGUUGUUGCUUUUAUUUCUUUGUGUUACAGAUUUUAUUUAUGUGUGAAAGGUGGUAUUACUUUGUAAUGUCUUUUUUCAGUUGCUUGGAGGGAAGGAAAAAAAGCAUCUAAUGAAAAACACCCCAAGCCUAUUUUCCUCUUACUCAGGGUAUGAAAUCUUUUAAAAAGCACUUGUUUGUGAGGAUAUCCAUAAUAAAGGUUCAGCGUCACCGUCCCACACAGCUGCAGUGCGUCUUGGGGAAGGAAGAUCCCUGAAAAAUGUCAUUCUCAUUAGUGAAUUCAUGAAUGUUUCUGUGUUUGCAGAUAAGCUUCUGCAACAAGGAAAACCAAAAAAAAAAUUGGGAAAAAAAAGCACCCGUCCACACUGUUUGUGUAUUUACUGCAUCUACUGUGUCUACCUAGCAACAUGAGUGUUUGUGUUUUGUUAUUCAACAAAAGCAUUGUAAUAUAGAAGGGCAUAAAGAGAGGUGGUUUGUGUGUUACAUUUGUCUACCUUCCUGCUGGUGUCAUUUCAGGAGAAAGACCCCCUUUUGUUCUCCUUUGGAGCUCUGGAUUGUACUUCAUAUUUCUUCUGCUGUCUGUUUUCUUGAAGGGCUUCUGCAUAUGAGUAAAAAAAAAAAAGUCAUCUUUAUUUAAUGUUUUGCUUUAAUAUGUGUUUUGUUUGGUUUGGCUUUGUUACACCUCACAUUGUGGGAGAUUUGGUUGUUUAAAUGUGUACAUUAUGAAUGUCGCGGUAGGGAUGAUGAUGCUGUCUCACUCUGCCUUUUUUUUUUAAAGCGGAAGAAAAGUUGAGAGAGGGAGAGAAAACGCUGCAGGUGUUUACUUGGAACAAAGUACUUUUACAUCAGUGCCAAAUUGCAUGAGGAACAUGCAUGGACGGUGCACACGUGGAUUUAUGUCAUCGAGCUAAGAUAUUGAGAUAAAAGAAAAAAAAUGGGCUAAGUUGAAAAUUAGGAGUAUUAUGUGCUCCACAAUGAGUGAUUGCAAACAUUUACACUCUGUCAGACAGUGACAGUCCUGUAUUGUUUGGAUCAGGGGUUUUCGAAGUGUGGCACAGUGAGCCUUCCCUCAGAGAAUAUCAUUUGUUUGGGAGCUGACCCUGUUUGUGGGGAAAAAAACACAUUUUCACAGACUGUUCACUUUCUCACUAUAGUAACUAAAAAUCAGUUCAUUUUGCCUUUGACAUAACUGAAGUUAGCUUAGCGGCUUUGAACAUUUUUAUUUUCUUUAAUUUUCUCACUGCCAUUUUGAAAACCCCUGGUUUAGAGCUUUACGUACAAUUAUCCUUUUAUCAAUCAAUCGAGGGAAGUUAUUUUAAAUGCCAAUGGUCUGUUGAUGGGUUUUGUAGGUGUGGGCAAUCAUGUGGAGAAGUGAAAAGAAAUUGUGAACAUAUUAUUUGUGUAUAUGUGUUUUGUUUAUGAAUUCUCCCGUUGAAGGAGGUAGCGGUGACGGCGAUGUAUAAAAGUACUAUUCAAGCAGCAAACGUUAUUCUGUGUUUGUACAGUUCAGCUGUUGGCCUUACUGUCUCUUCCUCCUCUGUUGUAUGUUUGCUCACUUUUCUUCUGUACAAAAAUAUUUUGCAAUAAAUAUGGAACACUUUUCUAAGGAC